CGGAGCUGGAAGGGAGCUCAGGGCCAUCGUCGCCAUCUCCAACCGCACCGCUCUUCAGCCUUGUUCGCUUGUCUGCCGUCCCUCAUCCUCUUUGGCGGCAGGCGUUGCCGGUAUGGACCACCCGUCCUCUGCGCCACAAGAUUCCUCGUCAGCGGAGCUGACGUUCGUCAAGGGCGGCGAUGGCUCAGCCGGCUGCACCACUGCGGUCGACCUGAAGAGGUCGCUGAAGGAGGCGAUGCAGGAGAACGAAACGCUCAAGCAGUGGCUGAGAGGGCUGGGCAUGAGGAUGAGCUCCAUGGUCGUCAAGAAGGGAGAGGCCGUCCUCGACAUACACUCGCCGCUUGACGGGGCUGUCCAAGCACACGACACUAUCACAGGUACGUUGACGCGCACGGCUGCACAGACAGACAAGAGGGCGCCAGGCCAACCAGAUGCGCCACUCAUUGUCUGGCGUUCUCUGUGUGUGUUUGUGUUGCCCUCGCUCUCCAUGCAGUUGACCACGUGUGUGCGGAGUGGGCGGCAUCCCCGGCCAAGGGCGAGUGGGCACCGCCGAAGGAGGACCUCAUCGCCAUUGCAAGACGACACAACUAAGUGUCGUCCGUAGGCGCUGGUAGUUGGCAGCGACAGGGAUGGAUGUGUUGAGGUGAUGUGCACUGUAUCUAUCUAGUAGUCUGCUGGAUGACAGACAGACACGGGAGGCUCUCCGGUCUGCGUGCCUUCGCUUGUUAGAUAAGGUCCCGCAACUCGUACUUCAUGGGUUGACGAUUGGCGCAUGAGGUGAGAGGAGCGGGAAGGCGUCAAACAAGCUGAAGUGGCCAGACCAGGAGCCAGCCGAUAGUGUGUCACCAUUUGUGGCAGUCCGCCUCUUGUGACAGCCUGCCUUCAUUUGGACCUCCAUGUACGUACGUGUUUGUCUUUAGUGUGUGCCGGGACGUGUGCCGGGGCCCAGUUCAUGAGAUGGGCCGGGUGGUGUUCAUAUCACGCGGCUGCUUGCCGCAUGUGCAUGAUGCCUUUGCGUACUGCGUGACCGAUUCCCCCCACUGCGACCC